AUGGCAACAACAAUGUCUACAUCACCCUCCACCAGCUCUUCGGUGCUAACCGCGGCAGAGCUGGCCGAGUGGUCACAGUCCCUCAAGCCGGUGGUGUUAGGCCUCAGUAUCACUAUAUUAGUGCUUAGCAAUAUGGGCGUAAUACUACGUAUCUGGGCCCAAUGGCGUAUUCAGAAGCGCCCCAUGCCGGAGGAUUAUUUGCUAAUCAUGGCCCUCUUUGCCAAUGUGGUCUCAAUUGCCAUAAUUGUCACAGUGCAUUAUGGACUGGGAUACCACCUCUUCCGGGUCGAAUCCGAAGAUCCGUCGGGCAUAAAGUGGAUCUUCCUGUGUGUGUGGCUCACAGCCACCUUCAACGGGCCCUCGAUGCUGGCCACCAAGGUUGCCCUGCUCCUCUACUACCGGCGGCUGUUCAUCGUGCAGCAGAUCUGGCUGCGCAUCUUCUGGUGGACGAACAUGGUAUAUACGGUGCUGUGGGGCAUCGGCUCGACCAUCACAUAUAUGCUCUCGUGUGUGCCCGUCAGCUAUUACUGGGAGCGCUUCGACCUGCAGUCAACCGUGCAUGGUAGCUGCCAUAACUCUACCACCGCCGACGGCCUGCCGCUGAUUCUGGACCUGGUCUCCGAUGUCAUGAUCCUGGUGCUGCCCAUUGCCACCAUCGCUACCCUGCAAAUGCCGCUUGCCCGCAAAACGGGGCUCAUGAUCAUGUUUUCAGUCGGAUUCCUUGCCAUUGUAUCCGCGGUCGCCCGCGUCGUCGUUCUCUACAAGUCUACGAGCCUGCACUCGGACUUCUCCUACGCGGCCGCGCCCUUCGAGCUGCUGGACGUGAUCCAGCUCAACAUGGCCAUCGUGUGCGCGACCGCGGUGCCCAUCGCCUCGGGCUUCCGUGUCGCCUUCAGCAAAAAGCGUCGCCGAGACAAGGGCUGGACGGCCGGAGGCGCAAGCAGGAAUACGCACCAUCAUAGCCACGCCUCAGCAGCAGCACGGGCCGCACGCUUGCGACUCGAGGAUGAAGCCGGCAGCAGCACCGAACGGCUGCAUAUGGGACACUUUACCACCAGCUGCGCCUCCAAGGACCCGGAAGAUCGGACACCGGGGGGAGGCGUGGUCUCAGCGAAUGGGAUUAUGGUGAAGAUGGAUGUGGAUAUCCGGUAG